GCCAUGAUCGGGUAGAAAAGGAGCUUCCCUGAAUUGCUCAGUCAUUCACAAGCAAAGAUGGGGCGAGGUUCACCUCUUUGUGAACAAGUGCGUGAGAAAAUAGUCCAACAGUUGAAGGACAAUGUUCCUCAACGUACAAUUGCAAGGAACUUAGGGAUUUCAUCAUCUACGGUCCAUAAUAUCAUCAAAAGGUUCAGAGAAUCUGGAGAAUCACUGCAGGUAAGUGGCAAGGCCGAAAACCAACAUUGAAUGCCCGUGACCUUCGAUCCCUCAGGUGGCACUGCAUCAAAAACCGACAUCAAUGUGGAAAGGAUAUCACCACAUGGGCUCAGGAACACUUCAGAAAACCAAUGUCAGUAAAUACAUUUUGGCGCUACAUCCGUAAGUGCAACUUGAAACUCUACUAUGCAAAGCAAAAGCCAUUUAACAAAAACACCCAGAAACGCCGCCGGCUUCUCUGGGCCCGAGCUCAUCUGAGAUGGACUGAUGCAAAGUGGAAAAGGGUUCUGUGGUCCGACGAGUCCACAUUUCUAAUUGUUUUUAGAAAUUGUGGACGUCGCGUCCUCCCGUCCAAAGAAGAAAAGAACCAUCCGGAAUGUUAUGGACACAAAGUUAAAAAGCCAGCAUCUGUGAUGGUAUGGGGCUGUGUUAAUGCCAAUGGCAUGGGUAACUUACACAUCUGUGAAGGCACCAUUAAUGCCGAAAGGUACAUACAGGUUUUGGAGAAACGUAUGCUGCCAUCCAAGCAACGUCUUUUUCAUGGACGCCUCUGCUUAUUUCAGCGAGACAACCCCAAACCACAUUACAAGAAGAAGAAGAAUCACCACCUUUUAUUGUCAUGAACAUGCAUGCAUGCAUGCACACACAAUUUGUUCUCUGCAUUUUAUCCAUCACAGUGAACACAUACACGUUAGUGGACACACUGGAGCAGGGGCCAGCUGAAGCCCUCCAGGUUUGAAGCUUCAAAAUGCGACAGAACUAGACGUGGCAAAACAAACAGAGCCUCCACAUUUCGCGCUACAAAAAACGAGAGAUGAUGAUCACCAUCGACCAAAAAUGGAAACUUAAAUUUUGGCUAUGUAGACCUCCACACAGUGACUCGCUAACAUGGACGUCGUAUAAAAGUGGCACUUUCAUUUAAUUGGUUUUGUCAUACGAGUGUCCAGAAAAGACCCCUUUGACAGCUACUUCUGUUUGACCCAGUUUUGUAUCUGCUUUGUCCAUAUUUGGCUUUCCUCUGAUCUGUUGCCUCCAUCUAGAAGACCCACUUGUGAGAGCACGCGUUUGUAAUGUUGACAGCGCUGGCUGAGGAGCGGAAAGAUAAGCUUGAGAAAUUGGAAUGACCUGAAUUCAAGGCCCCUCGACAGAAAAAUGUUUUGGACUCAGGAAUGCAUGGACAAUUUUUCAUCAUAUUUCAUGUUUACUGAGUCACCAUGGAGAUAAUGCAGACCCUUUCCAAAAAAAAUGAAUAUGGAAAAGUUUAUUUAUUUCCAUUAUUACAUUCACAAAGUUAAACUUUCAUGGAUUAUACAUUCAGGGCCCACAAUUUAAACAAUUUCAAGUAUUGUUGAUUUUUUUUUUUUUUUACAUAAUUUGGGCUUCCCACGAAAUCAGGAAUUCAAAAAAUUAGAAUGCUGUGAAGAAAUCAGCCCAAAUUUUGCAGGCCAUAAAUGUUAUAUAUGGAGUGUGUCACACCAAUCCUCUGCUAAACUCAAAGCACCUGCACAGGUUUCCCCAGGUGUCAUUAAAUUGCUUCAGUUUGGUUCAAUUGUCUCAGUUGGGUUCAAUAUGGGGAAGACUGCAGACUUGACAACAGGCCAGAAGACCAUCAUUGAUACCCUCCAUGGGAUAGGUAAACCACAAAAGUUCAUAGCCAAGGAGGCUGGCUCCUCACAGAGUGCCGUGUCCGAGCUUAUCAAUGGAAAGUCUAGCUGAAGGACAAAAUGUGGCAGGAGAACAUGCACCAGAAAAAGAGAUGACCGUGGGCGUCAGCGGAUUAUCAAACAGAGAAGAUUCAAGAAUCUAGCAGAGAUCCUGAAAGGGUGGAUUGAGGCGGGAGUCACAGCUUCAAAAACCACCACAUUCAGAUGCAUCCGGGAGAUGGGCUACAACUGUCGGGUUCCUCGGGUCAAGCCACUUCUGAGUCUGAGCCAACGUAGGAAGCGUCUCAACUGGGCCGAGGAGAAGGAGGACUGGACUGUCGGCCGGUGGUCCAAGGUCCUCUUUUCUGAUGAAAGUAAAGAGUGCCUUUAAUUCGGGAAUCAAGGUCCAAGGGUUUGGAGGAAGACGGGUGAAGAACAGAACCCAAGCUGCAAGUGCAUUUCAGAGUCUGUACUUUUAAAAUGUUGCUUACAGUGGAACUCAACCGGUUAUUGGUCACAUUAAUAGUAGAAAAAGUUUAGAAAUUAUUAAUCUUGGUCUGAUUUUAUUUAUUUUUAUUUUUUUUAUAGAAAACUUGGCAUUUGAAAAGGGGUUUGUCGACUUUUUAUGAAUUUAUGUAUAUAUUAAGUACAGUAGUUGAACAAGAACGUCUGCUUUUACCACUUUUUUUUUUUAAACACAAGUGACUGUACUUCUACUUAAGUAAUUGGUUGCAAUUUAGAACUAACGCUGAUAGAAUUCUACAGUGUAUGCCCAGCUUUGCUGUGCCAUAAAAAAGGGUUUGGCAGGUUGUUAUCUAUUUUGCACACAAAUGAAUUUGACCAAAUUAGCAUGAACAUGUAUUAUACACACCUAGGGGCAAUUUAGAGUCUCCAAUUAACUAGGCUACAGCACGCCUGCAAUCCCAGUGAGGAUAAGCGGUACAGAAAAAGGAUGGCUGCAUUUAUUAUACACUACACACGUUACUUCAAACCAUAUCUGUGAAACAAUAUUUAAUGGCAGAGUAGUUUUAUUUUAGUUUACAAGUCUCUUCAUACUUGUUACAGUUUCAUCCAGGAAUGAGCUAAUCUUUAAAUUGUUCUUUGGUGUCACAAUCUUAUGAGGAAAAUGUUUGUAAAUGAUCUCUGACAUGUUUGAGUUCCAGUCACAAAGGACAAAGGUCAGAAAGCCUGUGUAGGUGUUCCUUGUCAGCUUCCUCACAGGUACAGUUUAAUACUGAUCUUCAAAGUUUCAGUGCUUAUUGUCUACUGAUGGUCCAAAGUAGGAGAUCAGUAGUCAUUUCAACGCAUACAUUCAACCACUGGACUCCAAAGUCUAGUUCAGUGCAAAAUUGCCAGGUAAAGCCCGUGGGAGUCUGGUAAGAAGGCUACAGGACACUGCUCCUCGGACAGAAGCCCUAAUGACCUUGCACCCUCUGAGCCCCACUCCAGAAAGGAUGCACCCAGCACAGCAUAAUGGGAAGAGGAGGAGGGCCCUAUGAGAAGAGGUCUAUGCCCCUCCAAGUCAGAGGCCAGGCCGAGGCAUCAGGAGAGCUGACACACGGGGAGUUGUAUUCCGCCAUCAAGAAGGAGACCGAGCAAACCGAGGGAGGCGAUGGCAGCAGCACACACUUCAGUGGAGAGAUGCACUUCUAUGAAUUAGUGGAGGACACUAAAGACGGCAUCUGGUUGGUUCAGGUAAACUGGGUUUCAGAGGCCACCUGGACCCAUUUGGAUGCCCCAAUAAUUUGGAUGCCCUAUGUACGCCACUGUGCUGACUCUGUUUUGAAACACGGUUGCGUGUCUGUGCAGGUCAUUGCUCAGGACCGAGAAGCUCUGCUCAGUAAGUCCAACUGGGGGAAGAUGGUACAGAAAGUGUCACAGUUCGGAAUCCGAACUGGAACAUUUAACUGCUCCCAUGACCACAGGUCAUGUGUCAGACGUGGCUGGCAACGUUCCACGCUCGUCAUGUCCGUUCCACAGACGUCAGCAUCUAAGGGCAAAGUCGUUCUGAAAGAAUACAACGGCCGUCGCGUUGAACCCGAGCAUAUCUUCCGUUGGAUGACCUCGCAUAUGUCUCACCACAUGAAGACGCUGUGUCGUUCGGAGAACCUGCUGGCGGAGUGGCGCCCCGACCCGCUCCACCCGUUAAAGAUGUUUCUGUUCGCGCCGCUGCCGCAGCCGCCGGUUUUCUUCUCCUCGCUGUCUGUUAAGUUCACCGGCAGGAUCGAGUUUAUAUUUGUGGACGUAAGUCACUGGGACAACCGCAGCAGCCUAUUGGAGAUUGGUGUGACGCAGAGCCCCGCCUACAUCCUGAAGAUGCCGGAGGGCAUAUAUCACUAUGGCAACAGUACUGGUGAGUUCUUGUCUGUCGCAGCCAUGGACACCUUCCUGCGUUCGGUCCAACCAGAGGUCAAUGACCUUUUUGUCCUCAGUCUUGUCCUCAUCAACCUGCUGGCUUGGAUGGAUCUCUUUAUUACACAGGGAGCAACAGUGAAACGGUUUGUUGUUCUCAUCCGAACACUUGGGACCUAUAACUCCAUCCUGUUGGUGUCUUGGCUUCCGUUUCUGGCUCUCCUCCAGCUGUCCUACCUGGACGGUCUCUACGGUUACAGCCUGAAGGCUCUCCGCUACGCCGACACCACCACACUGGCUAGCGUGGUGAGAGCCGACUGGACCUUCUAUUCUUCCCACCCGGCUCUCUUUCUGUCCACCUACCUGGCCCACGGCCUGCUGGUCGAUUAUUUUGAGAAAAAACGUCGCUGUGGAAAUGGAAGCCAAGAGGACAGUAGCACUAACUUGGAGUGGCUGGCCAGUUUGUGGGAGUGGUACACAUCCUAUCUGCUCCACCCGAUUGCAUCGCUACAGCGGGUGCCAUCCGACUGGGAGGAUGACCCCAACUUCCUUUUUGACCGUUUGGCUUUCCCUGACCUCUGGCUCCGUCCAUUAGUGAGCAUGGAUUACAUCAAAGCUUUGCCCGCGUGGAAGUUCAGCUGCGGCGGUGCGGGCGAGCCGGAAGAGGAGCUUGAUAGUUCUCGCUCUGAUACAGACGGCAGUGAGUCAAGUGAGUGCCCUUCGCUAAGCAGCGAACAGCAGGAGAGCACGUCGUACGACCGGGACGGCGACGCCCCCUCGGCCCACCGGGUGUCGGAAAGCCUCGCUCGGCGCGAGCGUGGCGACCGGUCGGGAUGGCCCCGUGACAUUCUGCGGUGCUCGGAGUGUGUCGUAUGCCUGGAGAACUUUGCGAGCGAAGAACUACUGAUGGGUCUGCCCUGCGGCCACGCCUUCCACCGGCAGUGCAUUGUGGUGUGGCUGGACGCGGGUCGACAUUGCUGCCCGGUGUGCCGCUGGCCCAGCUACAAGAAGAAGCGGCAGCCGUAUGUGCACAGUUGGGACACUUAAUGAAAAGGAGCCUUCCUUAUCUCCGUGUCUUUCUCAUCUCGACAUUGCAAAAAAAAACGCAAAGUCUCACCAAGGGAAUUGAUCUGAUUUUAAGGCCGCUUUGACUUGAUUUCUAAAAUUUCAGCAUGACAAAAAGACUUAUUUUAUGUGGGGAAAAAGUGGAGCUACGAUGAAUUGACUUGAUAUUGAUAAGAUUUCGAAACUAAGUUGCAUCUUAAAACAAGUCGUUUUGUCUUUCGGGAAUUAAGAAGUCAAAACUGUCUUGAAAGAGCUACAGUGCUAUGUUUUCUCUAGAAAUAAGGUAAAUUGGGAAGAGUUAGCAUUUUUGCAGAGUAAUCAUGAUUGAUUGGCGCAAGAAGCGUGUAGCAUAACUUGCUUGGGGGUCAAGAUGAGACACGGGAGGGAUGCCAAAGUUCGCGUUGUCUGUGUGACCGAAGCGGUUGGCACAACUACCAAUUUGCUUGUUUCCAUUUCUGUGCUGAACAUUGUGAAUACCAAUAAGUACAAUAAAAACAAAACAAAUAAACAA